UCUAGCUACGCCUCUGACAUUAUAAUUACAUAUACAUAAUAAAUUUAUGUAAAGAUUUCAUUUAUUCUUUCAGAACUUUGAUAUUUACUGUUAUAAAAAGAGAAAGUGACUGAAUUUAGCAUACUUAAUAAUAUAGAGGUAAAAAAGUGAAGUUAUGUCUAUCGUACAGUGGUAAUUUUUGUCAAAUUACUAACAGGUGAAAAUUACUAACACGUCGAACAAAUAUUAAUUUACAAACAACAAAAAUCAGCAUUAUAUUUUCAAAUUUUUUUCAUAGGACUAGUUUCGAUGGUUUUACUGAAGCAUCUUAAUUAGGUGAAAAUAUAUUUGUUGAAGUCAAAAAUUGUGAUUAAAAAUCCUUUUUGUUGACUAUCUAUUAUUUAUAUCCAUUCUAACUACAACAUACAUCUCCAGACAUUAAAAUUCAAAAGCAUCAUUCAUAGAUUUCUUGGCCUUUUCUGUUAACUGGCCAUCAGUUUCCAAAUGUGGUAACCUGUUAUUGUAACAUCCUGAAUAGCAGAUACAAUGUUUAAUGUGCAAAGCAUCAAGACUGUGCACAAUGCCGAAUUUGUGCUAUUUUCUGGUGAUUUUUUUAAGUGAAAAAUUGUUAUGUACAUGGGAAGAAUACUUGCACUGUGUAUGACUUUUGCAGUGCUGACAUUAAACAUUACAUAUAUCAUAUGAUACAUUAUUGUUAAUUUUUUUAUGGAGCAUUACAUAUUAUUAGGGUUGUUGUCAUGUAGAUAUGUUUUACACCAUUUUUGUAUGGCACGGAUUGACAUCACAUUAACAGAAAAUACCAAAUUAUCCACUUUUGAUUAUUAUUAAAUUCUUUUAAUAUUUCAGAAAUAGCUUUUUUGCUGCAUAGUUGCUUUAAUAUUUAGUAUUUCCAGUUAUUUUGUAAGAAAAAUUGCAGUACUUAUUAAAUCUUUGAAAACUAGACUUUGCUAACCUUUAUAUUAAAGCACACCAAACCGCCCGAAAUGAUCUUCGAGGUCAAUGCGACAUCUUCUUUUUCCUAUCCAUUAACGAGCAAAGAAGAGUGAAGAUUUCAAAUGACAUCCUUUCUACUUCUAACAAAUAAUGAUAAGAAACCACAAAUAAAUCCUUUUAAGGCAAGCUGUCCGCAAUAAACUGAAACAAUCCCUUUGAGGAAACUUCACCUGCUACUUAGCUACCUUAGGGGAUGAAAGAAAACAAAAUUGGAAUUUCGGCUGGUUGUGGUCAUUUGAAUGAAAGGACAUCUGGGGCAUUAUGGUUUUCAAAAAGUUAACAAACUGAAAUAACAGUUUACAAAUAAAACAGUGUUUUGUGAUAGCUAAUUUGGCUCGUAAUGCGAGAUUUGACACUAAGGUAGUGAUUUAAAAUGUGGUUUUUCUGGAAUUUUCUCUUCCCGUCUUGUUUUGAAUGCUGAGAAUAAGCAGUGUCAUUUUGAAUGUUGUGAGCAAAAAUUUCAUAAAGAUGUUUUGAGUAGAUUAUACGUACAGUUCUCAUUGUCCAUUAAUGGAUUCAGUCUCUCCAACUAAUAAAUUCAGGGUUGCUAUAAUGAGCUUAUUUUACAAAGCCUUCUCUUCAGAUUCUGAUUAUCCGAUUUCAGUUUUUGUUUAGAAGUAAUUAAACUGCAUAUUUAAUCAUGUAGAGAUUCUACGUCUUGUAAAAGAUAUAUUUCCAUUUGGAAGAAUUGCCCUUUGACUUCUGAAUAAUGAUAUCUCCUAUGGCUGAUAUAGAGACAGAUAUUUUGAGCUCUAACAGAGCUCGCCAAGGAUGGUUAGAUGGAAAAUCACAAAAAAUUGAGCAGCAGUUUUAUAGAGCUAUGAAAUCAAAUUAUGAUGAAAAGGAAAAAUGUGGCAAGCAGCCUAGUAAGGGCAAAAAUGAAAAUUUAAGACCUAUGGGAACAAAGGUGAGCACAAUUGCUCAUAUGUUUCAAACAUUAUCACAGCAAAAUGUUGACAGUUCUUCAUUACGAUCUCCUGUCAGCAAGGAUACUUGUAAUUUUGAUCGUACCCAGUCACCAGAGUCUUGUAAGCCAGAAAGGUCUUCAUCAUUGCCUGCAUUUCCUACUUCUAACUGCUCCUUAUCCCGUCGAGGCAGCCAUUUAGCAAGAUUUAAUAAUGCUAAAGCUAUGUUUGAAAAGCUUGAAAAGAGCAGAAACAAUGACUCAAAGCCUGCUAUUGAAACAAAAUCUCGUUCUAGCACUUUACCUGUUGGUACCACUGAUAAUAUAAAAUCAGAUACAGAGCCAUUUAAAAAGAACAAUGACACAAAGUCAAAUAAAUCAUAUGUGGGUAUUAAUGUUGAAAAUAAAACUUCUGCACAACACACAGACGUAAGAAAUGAUACAUUUAGUAAAGUGACUACAGAGACAUUGAGGCCAAUAUGUUCCAGUAAUUAUGCUAAGAAAUCUGAAGUUUCUCAAGUAUCACAUGAUAAUAAAAAUGCAUAUCAGAAUGAUGAAAAAGAGUAUCAAAGAUUGCUUGCUGAAAAUGAAACUAAUCUGGGUAUUGCAUCAGAGAAUGGGAAUACUCAGUAUGUUCCCUUGUAUAAUGAAUCAAAGAAAGAUUUCAGUGAUCACCCACGUGCUUCAAAUAUUCUUAGUAAUACUGCACCUUCUGUUGAUAGUGAAAAAAAAUGUGAAAUUCUUACUUCAUCCAUGUGCCAUUCCUAUAAAAAAAUUUCAAAUAAUACCACAGAUGAAGUGAAUACAAAAAAUAUUUUCUUCAGUGAAAAAAAGGACAAUGAGAAUACUUCAGAAAUUGUGAAAGACAGUCUUUCUUUUGAUAAUAUAGUAUACAGCUCAUGUUCUGUUCUGAAAAAGUCAAGCCAAACAACAAGAUUUUCCUCUGAGAUGAAAUCUUUAGUCAGUGAUUUAAAUGAUAGAUCAUUUCCUAAUUUAGAACAUGGUAUCUCUUCAGAUAAAAAUUUAGAUUAUGAAAGUUUCCAGAGUGCCUUAGAGAAUUACAAAGCCUGUUGUAAAUCUUCUCCUAAUGAGAAAGAAACUCAGCUUGAUGACUCAGUGCACAAUACAACAUUUGAAUCUGAAAAAGAAGCUGAAAAUUUAGAAGACAUAAACUCGUUGCCAAAAGCAGUCACAAUAUCAUCCACUAUGGAUAGAAUGUCUGAUGAUCUUUCAACAAAUAUAGAUAAAUUGGAACAAGUGUCUCCUCCUCUCCAGCAGUCUGACAUCAUAUUUUCAACAAGCAUAGAGACAAGGGAGGCUAGUAAUUCAGCUUAUAGGUCACUUUUCAAAGAACUACAUAAUGAUUUAAGACAAAAAUAUGAAUAUGAAUUGCCAGAGAAAGCAGCAGAUAAUAAAUAUAAUAUUACAAAUGAUUUUUGCCAAAUAUUUGAAAAUGGAAUUAAUUCUUCUGCAGUAAAUUAUGAUGAUGACUUAAAAGAAGGCCUGAAAGAAACAUUUGUAGAUGAUACUUCAUCAGAUUGCCAAUAUUCAGAUGAAUCUAGUAAUCAUGACUCCUAUUCUAUGAAAGAAACAUUACAAGAACACAUUAAUGAGAGUUAUACUGUAAUUGAUGAACAUUUCCCUUUUAAGUCAUCUGAGUGGAAUAAACUGCGAGAGCACACUAUAUCUAAUUCAGGUGGAGAUAGCUAUCGAAGCAUUUCUUGCAGCGCUUCUACUGCUAAUCUGGGAUUGCAUGAUUCAGCUGGUGAAUCCUUAGCUGAGUGUCAAGAACAAGAUUUAGAACUUAUUGAUGCAGACUUGGAAGACUUGCCUCUUCCAUCUUUGUCAAAGACUAAUAGCCUUAGCUUUGUUGAACUUAUGACUCAAGAUGAAGCUGAAAAGCUGCUGAGCAACAGUGAGCGCCCUGUUUUAUUGAGUGAUGAAGAAGCCAGAGAAGUUGUAUUGCUGCUAUCAAGAUCAGAAGAAAAACAGAAAGAUAGUCCAGAUGAUAUGCAUAAUGAAAAUAUUAAUAACGAAAUACUAGAUACAACAUAUGCUUGUGAUGCUUUAAAUGCUACUGUUGUUCAUGAUGGUACAGAGUAUCACCUCUUGGAAGAUGGCCAUUAUUAUUUUGAAUAUCCUGGAUUAUCACCACCAGAAUCUGAAGAAGUGGAAAUUAAGCCAGAUGAAAUUAGUUCACCUAAUGCACAACCUCGUAAAAAAACCAAAAUUUCAUUCAGCACGGAUCCUAUAAAGGUCUAUAGUACUCAUUCUACUGAAGACUAUGAUAGGCGCAAUGAAGAUGUAGAUCCUAUAUCUGCAUCAGCUGAAUAUGAACUGGAGAAACGUAUUGAAAAAAUGGAUGUCUUUCCUGUCAAUCUUAUUAAAGGUCCUGAAGGAUUAGGAUUAAGUAUUAUAGGAAUGGGUGUUGGUGCAGAUGCUGGUGUGGAGAAGUUGGGUAUUUUUGUGAAAACCGUAAUUCCUAAUGGUGCAGCUGAUAAAGAUGGAAGGAUUCGAGUAAAUGACCAGAUUAUUGAAGUUGAUGGGAAGUCUCUUGUUGGUGUCACUCAGGCAUAUGCUGCAACAGUUUUAAGGAAUACUUCAGGUCCUGUAAGGUUUAUUAUUGGUCGUGAAAAGGAAGGUGCCAAGAGUGAGAUAGCACAGCUUAUUUCCCUAGCUUUGAUAGCAGACAAAGAACGAGAAAUGGAUCAUGAAAAUGCUGAAUUUUCUUAUGAGAAUAAAACACAUUGCAGUGUUUUGACUGAAGAUGAAAUCAAGAAAGCAAAUGAAAAAUUGCAAGCUAUGGAGCACAUGGAAUGUGAUUAUAUUAAAUGGCUUGAUAUGGCACAGUGUUCACUAGAAGAGCUUAGUGUUAAUCUGCAAAGUGCUGAACGAGAAUUAGUUCAGUGUAAAAAUGAACUUGAAACAUUGAAAGCAAAUCAUUCUGUGUUAGAGAAGAAGUAUAGUAAAGCCAAAAAAUAUAUCAAAGAAUUCCAAAGGAGAGAGAAAGAGCUGAUUCAGUGGCAAGAAUAUCACGUUCAGCAGUUACAAGAAAAGGACCAAGAAUACAAUGCUUUAGUAAAAGUUCUCAAGGAUAGGGUCAUUUUAUUGGAGCAAACUUUAACUGAAACCCAAAAAAGAGCUGGUCUUCCAGUUGGUCUCCCGUACAACACUCCCUUGAAGCAAAUAACUCCACAAUGCAGAAAUCUUAUUAGUCCUCCCAAAUUUAUGAAGGUCCAGUGUCAUGAUGUAUCUGAUAGUGAUACAUCAGACAAUGAAUUACAGUCUCCAUUUAGUCCUGAUGAAGAAUGUUAUGAAAAAAGAUCAACUGUUGAAAGGAAGCCUGCUCGUGAAAAGAUAUUUGAUACAGCUGUUCCCCACACCGAGCUGCUAGAUACUAGUGCAGCAAAAGCCAAAGCUGAACUAGCAAAUAAGGGUAGCCUUGCUAAUCGUCAACCACCUUCUAUUAAAAAACAAUCCAUACUAGAUUCACCUUCUGAUAAAUCUGAAGCUUAUGAUAUAUUCAUCAAUACAAGUACAAGUGCAAAUAUGUUGACACAGAAUGAAGGAUGGUUUUCAAAUUCAGAUGAUACAUCUUUUGGAGAUUCUCAUUUCUCUCAGUGUGACUUGGAAGGAGAUAUGUCAUGUACAUCUCCACCAUUAACACUUCUUGAAGAAAUGAAAGCUGCUGUUGCAGCACGUCAAGCGCGAAUCAAUCAAAGUGCUUCUUCUGAUGAAUAUUUUGAGUCAGAAGAGAAACCUCAAGUUACAGAAUUUCCUGUUACACUGUCAAAUGAUGUGACAUCUCAAUCUUCCAUUGAAAGCUGUAACAAAGAUGUAUCUCAUUCCCGAAGUUCAUUAUGUUCAACUUCUAGUCAACUGAAUGCGUCUGCCACAAUUCAGGCACAUUCUCCCGAUGUUUCUUAUUCUGAGCAUUCUGUUUCUGCCAACAAUGCUGUAACAGAUAGUUUAGCUUCCUUACUUUCGACUGAAAGUGGUUCCUCAGAAACUGCAACACAAGUAUCUAAUCCAGAGCCUACGCCUCAGGUAUACGAAGAACGACAGCCAAAUACCUUGCUGUCUGGACCUGCUCACGAGUGGACAGCUGAGCAGGUGGCUUUGUGGUUACAAGCACUUGGAUUUGAUCAUCAUGUUCCACAGUUUCUGGAUUCAGAUAUAACUGGCCAAAUAUUGCUUCAGAUUGAUAGCUCUCGUUUGAAAGUUCUCGGUGUCCUAAGUAGUGCUGAAAGAAGCACAAUCAAGAAAAAGGUAAAAGAAAUGAGACUUCAUCUGGAAAAAUUGCAAAAAAGUCUUGAAAAGGAACAAAAGGCUAAAGAAAAGUUAUGGAAAAAAAAGUCGGGAAAGAAAUAGUAUUAUUUUGAUAUACUAUUUCAAUUGCUUUUAAUAUGGCACUUUUUCAUUUGUAUAUAAAAUUAAUGGACUUUAUACUUAAACUAUUCUUUUAUCUCAUAAUUACAUUAAGUUAUGAGUACUUAUGGUAAUUGAAAUAUAUUUUACCUUAAGUUAAACAAUAAAUAUAUCAUAACAGAAUGCUAUAAGGUAUUUUCUUAAUUUUUUUUUUUUUUUUAAUGAUAUUGUUUGUGAUAAAAACAUUCCAGUUUUAUGUGAUAAUUGAAAUCUAAGAUUUUCUAAGCAACUGCAUUUUAGUGAAACUUGCAUGAAAGUAACAUUGGAUAUUACACAGAAAGUUUUUUUUUUAAAUUGUAUUUCAUUCUCAUGAAAUGUGUUUAUAAUAAUUGGAAAUCAUUAAUAUAAUUAUUAUCAUUAAUCAAUUUUUAUAAUAUUUUUGCAGUGAUUACAAUUUCUAAAAAACCUAUAUGUCUUUUUUCUUGGCUAAAGAAAUUUUAUGAAACAAAACUGCCUUUAUAUUUGUACUUUAAUAUAUUUAUUUGUGAAAUGAGUAGUCUCCACUUUUAUAAUUAAAAUUUUUGUUUUGUAUUUCUUUAUGGCUUUCAUUUGAAUUAGCUGCAUAUUCAAGACUGUAAUUAUUUGGUAGCUCUAAAAUGCUUUUACAGACUUACUUUACUUAAAAGUUUUGUAACUGUCUUCGUAAAUUAAAGUGAUGUAUGUAGUGUACCAGGUUAUCAAAGAUGCAUUCAGUUUAGCUAUAAAUUGAAUUUUUUAAGGGAAGGUGUAAGUAAAAGAGAUAUGAUAGGUAUUCGGUUUUUACUCCCCCCCCCCUUCCAAAAAAAUAGUAGUUACUUUGUCAAAAAAAUUUUGCCAAUAUUACUUUGUAAAAGGAAGAAAAUAGUUCAAAACUUUAUUUUUAAAAUUUAGAUGUAAUUGUAUGCAUAUACAUUUAGACCUCGCAUUAACAUGAAAUGGCAGUGUAACAAACCGCCUUUUAUCAUGCAAAUUUUCAGAAAUCUGAAUUUGAUGACAGUCUCGCUUUCAUGUGAUGAUGCGAGUCUUUUAAGUUAUUUGAAAACAUGAUUUUGAACUACAGUGAAACUUCACUAUGAGUCAUCUAUGGUUUUAGAUGAUUUGGUUUUCCUCAGAGACAGAUAGUUACCUCAGAGAGGUAGAUGCUUAAUCCUGAUAUUUUUUUAUUUAUAUUCUGAGAAAUUCUUAUCACUUUCAGAGGUGGUUGCUGUGACAAGUUUUGGUGUAUUUAUAAACUGAAAAAUGCUAGCAGUGUGCAAAAUUACCAUAUGAUGCUUUUUAUUGUAUACAUUCUUAAGUAUUGUUUAGUUAAUCAUUAUAAACACUGAAGUCUUUCUGGUAUUCAGAAUAUCUUUAUAGAUAAUGCUGUAGUCCAGUUGUGAAAAUAAUGUGAAAUUAUUUUUAACCCAUUAAACAUACAUUUUGCAAUCUUGAAAAUGUAUUGCUUGUCUUAUGCAAAGGUUUGCUGGUUUUAAUAAUUUGAAGGAAUAUUUCAUUCGUUUUUAUGGAAAUGAUUUAAAAAAUAACUGAAUGAUAUUGUUAAAAUUCUAUAUUUCAGUUUAAAUAAAUAAGUAAAUAUUUCUUUUUCCUACUCCCUAUUAUGGUUUUUAAAUUUUUUUUUUUUUUUUCUGAAAAUAAAAACCAUUGCAAAAUAUUUCUGUUAAAAAACAUAUUUUGUAUGAAAUUUGUAGUUUUGUGUAAAUUUAUUAAGCCAUUUAUAUAUCUAUUGGAAAGAGUUAAUUUGUGGAAAGGAUCGAUAAUAAUAACUUCAAAAGCUACCAUUUUUUGUUUUAAGUUUCUCUUUAAACCUUCUUUUUACUGAUUAUUGCAUAUCCUUUUUUAUGUAUAGACCAAUGGUUCUAAAACUGUGGUAUACAAGCAGUUUAGGGAGUAAGGUGCAUGAGCAGCUAUUAACUUUUAAAUCUUGAACAAAAAACUUUAAAACAUUAACCUUUUGGCAUACAGUACCAUCUACAGGGAUGAUUGUAACCCAUUUCAAAAGUCCUGAAAACUAUCUUGGAGUAAAAAAUCUAACUCUCUGUGAAAUAAUUCAGAAUAUUGAAUAUCUUUCUAAUUUUUCAACACUUUAAAAUAUUUACUAUGCUUAACUUGUUCUUUUGGGAGAGGGGUUAAGAUGUAAAAUUGCUGCAUUGAUACUUUUCUUUGCCAACAAUUGAAAGUUCUAUAUAUAAUCAGCAAGCCAUUUUGAUGUGGACAAUGAGUUUUUACUCAAUCUUUGAAAUAAUAAGUUAUAACUUAAAGUGUGUGUAUUAACACACACUUUAGGUUGAAGAUGAGAAAUUUCAUGAAAUGCAAAGUUUUGGUAAGCUUUCCUGCUGAAUAAAUUAUUCCUUAAAUCCUUAGCAGAAGAACCCUGAGGACGAUUUUCUGAUGUAAAAAUGUUGCAUGCAUUUUAGUUUAAUGAGAAUAAAUAAUAUAUCACAGCAUCUAGGUUGUCAGCAUUCAGUGAUGUGCUGCAUUCUAUCAUACUAUCACUUACAUUAUUAGCUGCACUUUCUAUAGUAGGUCCAUGGAAGCUGGUUAAAACAAAUUUGGUUUGGUUUACUUGAUUAUGGCGUAGCACAUGAGGGCUCUUUGCCUAUAAAAAUUUAAGCAGUUUUGUGUAUGUUUCUGUUUUAAUCUUCAUAUAGCCUGAAUAUUCACCCCAAAAGUUUACAUUAGUUUUUUUAUUUCUGUAUAGGAUAGUUAUUUUUAAGUUUACAUCACUUUUCUUUCUCUUAUUUCUGUAUAAGACAAUUACUUGAUAGUUUCUGACUUCAUGGCCUAACUGAAGUGCCUGCAUCUUCUGAAAUGGCAUUUGUCAAAUUAUCUACUAAUUUCUUCACAGCAGUGAAAGUAGCUGUGUGACAGAACAGAACAGGAUUUGUGCAAUUAAAUUUGAUGAAGACACAGUUUUUUGUGGGUAACUUUUUUUUUUCCUUUUAUAUAUAUGUAUGUAUAUAUAAUCAGCAGAUUUUCAGAAUACAUUUAAUUUUCUUUGAAAAUGAAUGGAUCAACCUUUUCAGAAUUCCGAACAAUUUGUGCUUUGCUAAGCAAUAAAAUUUAAUCCUGGGCAUUAAUUUUCGAGAUAACUGUCUAUAUGAAACACAACAUAUAUAUAAUAUAAUUUGAAUCAUUUUAAAUAAUGAAGAUUAUGUAUAUAUGCAAUUUCUCAAAUCCAGAAUUGUGAAUCUUAGAGUAUAUCAUUUUUUAUGAAAGUCAGAACAUAAUUUGAGACAUCUCAGGUGUCACAAAGUCACUUCGAAAUGAGUUUAGAUUAUAAAGUGUAAUGCAUGCUGUAUGUUAGUGGGAUAUAGUGGGUUGUUUGAAAACUCUUGUAUAAAGGUCACAAAUACAAAUUCCUCUUAAUUUUUAAACUGUAUUUUAUUUAUUUUAACAUAUAAUUUCCAUUUUUUCUGCUGCUCUUCUCCAACAUUCUGGGCACUACUUUAUAAUGGCUUGGUGAAAAUAGGAGGGUGGCUUGUUGUAAGAAAAGAAAAAAAAUCUGCCAAGGAGGAUUUCAUCUUCUUAAAAGAAUCAUAUUUUCAUAGAUGGUAAAUGUGGACUUCCUUUACCGUAUCAGCAGUGCUCUCAUUUGAAACAACAUUGGAGCACAUCAUGUUGCACAUGCUUAUUCAAAUUGUCCAUUUUCAGUGCUUGUCUCUUCUUUUUAAGCAAAUCAACUUCAAAUUUUAUUUGUAUAUCAAGGGAUUAAAAAUUUUGAUCAGAAAAAUUUGCAUUCAGGUUAAUUUUUUCCCUUUAUUUUCCAUGAAAAUAUUGAAAAAAAUAUGUAAAAACCUAUUCAAAACAGUGAAAUUUAAUUUUUAUUUUAUUUCAUUAAGUGAUCAUUAUUAUUUCCAAUGAAGAAUAAUAUUGGGGGUUAUAACAUAAUUGUAACAUCGUCAAUUAAACGAGACUUGUUCUAGGCUAAAUAUUUACUUAUAUAUAUGACUAUAUACAAAUUACAUCAUAGAAAAACUUUAAAAUACAUUUUCACUGCGGUAGAGCGUGCAGGCACACGCCUGCUGUUCUCUUUUCCACAUCUCAAUCUCCUCUUACUGCCACCUGCGAGUGGGAGAAAAUCCCCCCCUUCCAGCCGAGGCGAGAAGAGGGUUCUCUGCCCCUUCUUUGAGGGUGGGUGAACAAGUGUUCUUUGGAGAAAGGGAAUGUUACAAGGUAUAACAUUAUGAUUAUCUAAAUAGCUUUGCGAUGCUUUUAAAUAGAUUGAAAAUGCUUUAAAAUGUAGUCGGGUAAAUUAUAAAUGUCUUUUGAAAUUUCCCUUGGAGAGCUUUAUUUAGAAGGUACAUUAGACUUAUGACAUACUUUAUUUAAGAUUUGUAAUCAUGAUCAAGACGUACAGUCUAUGAAAAGGCAGAGACUCAUGAAAACUAUUAUUUGAUAGCAAUUAUUCUUGUUUUAUAAGGAUAGGAAUGAAAAAAUUAAUAAAUCCCACAUAACAACCAUUUGUUACAGAUUUGUGUGGAUUACAAAUCUAAAUAUUUUCAAAACAGCCAUGCUAUUUUUCCAUUUUUUUAAAUUGAAAGCUUGAAGAGGUUAAUAAUGCAUGCAUCAAAUUAUUCAUUUAUUACUAUCAAUUAAGAUAUAAUUGAGGCAAAAUAUUCUCUGAUAAUAACUUCUAGUAUCCAUGACUGAAUUCAUGUUGAUGUUCCAAGAUACGUAAUAUCCGUACUUGACUUUUGAUUUUGGUAGCAAUGAUGUGGGGGAAAAAAAAAAAAAAUUUGGAAGCAUCUAGUGUCUAAUUUGCGUAAUAAAGGAAUUUCAAUUUUGAUGAGAUUUAAAGGUAUGUUUUUAGUUAAUUUGGUUUUUUGAUUUAUCGUAAUUUUGCAUGUAUAGUCUGCAGACAUGAUUUUAUAUAAAAAAAAUUUCAAAAAUCGUCAGUACGCACCAUCGGAUAGUCCGCGGACUAUACGUCAAAAAUUACGUUUUUUUAAUACGGCAAUAUUAAUGUAUUUUAGAAACAAAGAACUAAGUAUAAAUAGAUAAAAGGACUUACUUACUAAUAUACCUUCAGAAAUAAAAUGCUAAAUACAAAUAAAAAGCAGUGCUUACUAAUUAAUCAUAUAUUAAUUAAUCACACAUUCUACUACAUUCACGAAAACCUUCAAAGUUCGAUUUAUCGGUAUCAGAAUUAAACAGUUCUAACAUAUUUUUGGGAAGAGUGUCCGAAAGUUCAUUUUCAGCAUCACUAUCUUCACUGUCAGUGAUUUCCUUGCUUUCACUAACAAUCCUGGCUUUUAUAAAUCCCGAUCAGAUGGUUGACCCUUUAACACUUUUCCAGGAUUUAUCGACCCAUUCGGCAACUUCAGUGUAUGAAGCGUGUCUCAUAUUUUCUCCUUUUGUGAAAGUAUGUAAACCUUCUGACAUCCAGAUCUACCAGCAAGCACGUAUGUGGGACUUGAAACUUUUGUUCACUCUAAUAUCCAGAGGUUGCAGGAUUUUUGUUAAACCUCCUGGAAUAAUGCUAAGUUCAGCACCGAUGUUUUUUUUUUUUUUUUUUUUUCUUUUUUUUGCUUCCGCCUUUACACUGUCUUUUAUGUGUGCCCUCAUGGGAUCCAUAAUUAGUACUCCUUUGGAAUUUAAAAAGGCACCUUCUCUCUUCUUCCAAACUUCUUGAAACCAAUUAAGCAUAAUGUCCUCGUUGCACCAACCCUUUUCAUUGCACUGUAUUAUGACGCUUUGAGGAAAAUUUUCCGUGGGAAUUGUUUUUCUCUUAAAGAUUAAGAGCAGCUUCAACUUUGUGCCGUCAGCACAGCAGGCGAGCAUCACUGUGAUUUGGCUCUUUUCUUGUCCAGUUGUUGUUGUUAUUGAUAUUGUUUUCACUCCACAAGUAUUGACGGUGCCAUUCGGUGGGGAACCAAAUGUUAAUGGAACUUCGUCCAUAUUUAUAAUAUUUUUUAGGGAAUACUCCCCUUCUGCAAUAACUUUCCUUGUAAACUGAAGGAAAGAAGCUUUUUUUUCAGCUACGUCGUCCAGAACAGCCUGACACGUUGUCGUUCUGCUGCGAACUCUCAAGUUUUUACGACGCAUGAAGUGGUAAACCCAAUUUAUUCCUCCCUUGAAAUCCGUUAUCUGCAUCUCUGCCAUGGACUUCGCUCGGAGACGGAUUUUAACUGUUGAAAUGGAGCGUCCGGCAUUUCUUUGGUCAAGAAUCCAUCUCAGUAAAUUUUCCUCUAAAGCUGUCCAUUUUACUUUUCCGUGUCGAUUGGAUCGCUUUCUUCCCAUGCGUUUUAACACAUCCUUUUGUUUGCGCCAAUUUCUCACCGCUUUCUCGUUCACUUCAAAAUAUCGGCCCGCUUCUCUAUUUCCAUCUUUUUCAGCUUUCUCAACUACCUUGAGUUUAAACUCAGCAGUAAAACUCCGGUGAUGUUUCAUCAAUGUUAUCGAAGAUGAAAGACAAAAUACGAAAACAAAAUACUGUGCAACGUGUUAUCCUUGUGAUAAGUGGUAAUGAAAUGUGACCUUCGACCCUACUCACUCGGUGUUGCCAAACCACGCUAUAAGUAAACGAAUCACGCUUUUUUUUCGUACUCCAGGUACUUGCUACUAAGGCUCCUAAAAACCGAGCUGAUGCAUCAACUACUUUUCCCCCUCCCGGCAGUUGUGCUAAAGCAGUGCAAAGGAUACUGGGAUACAAGACUGGUUGUGCUAAGUGAUUGCUCAUAUCCCGGCAUCGCUUGAUGCGCCAGCCUGGAUUUUAGGAGCUCUACUUGCUACUACUCAUUCGUUCUGCACUAUGCUCUAUGGUUUACUAUCGAUACGAUAAAUACGAAUGUUUUCUUGGAAUCUUGUGCUUUUUUUUUAUAUUUGAUCAUUGCCAGUUCAUGACAGCAUGUUUUUUAAAUUUCAACGAUUUUAACCGUGAACAACCAGCAUAUUAUCCGCACUGGUGGAUAGUCUGCAGCUUCAAAAAUUCGCAUUUUAAACACAGAUAGUCCGUGGACUAUACGUGCGAAAUUAUGGUAGUUUGUGGAUAUUUUGUUUUUUUUUAUACAAUAACACUUUUGAAACACUAUUUAUGCAAUGUAUUUCACCAUAUUUUGUAAUCCAGUUUGAGGAAAAUAGCAUUGGUCUAGAUGCCUUAACCAAAAUUGAUUAAAACAUUCAUAACUUUACGUACAUUAUUUAAGCUGCUAUGCCAAGUUAUGCAGCUGUUAGGCAAUUUAAUUAAAAUGUUGGUGAAUUUAGGGGGAAAUCCCUAUAUACUUUAAAUAUAUUUAUAGACAUUUUAAUAACAAAUUAUAGUGAUGACUUUUCAUAAUAAAUCAGGGAAUGCUAGUGAUAUAACAAAGGUUAAAAAUUUAACCAUUGUUUGUGGUAAACUAAUGUAUUCCAAGUUUCAUAAAAAUUUCUUAAGAUUUUCUUAAAUGACUGUAUGUAAUAAAUUAAUUGCAUUUUCAGAGAUAACAUUUAAAUCAAAGCAAACUUGAUUCUCCUAUAAAUAAAAUUUGAUUUUUUUCAACCAUUUCUAGAUAAUUUUGAUUGAUACAAACAUCAUUAAAAGAAACUUAACAUUUUUUUAAUUUUUUAAAGAAUGUAGCUGUUAAGAGGAAUGCUAUAUUGUCUUGUAAUCCUAGAUUGCUUUUGAAGUUUCUUAAAAUUUUAUGAUAAAGGUUGAAGCUUAUGAGAUACCAUUUUCAUUUUAAAGUCUAGAUUAAAAACAGAAAACUCGUUAAGGCUGAGUCACACAUGUUGGCAGAAAGUUAUUCAUUAAAGCUUGUCAAUGAAAAGUCACUUAUAGCAAGAAGUUUUUUUAUAUUUUCCUUUGUGUGUGUGUGAUGAAGAAUGAUCUCAUGUAUUUUCAGUGUUCUAAUUGCAUUAUUUAUUUCAUUUUGUCAUAUUAAUAGCUUUUAAUAUUAUUCAUUCAUGAGCCUGCAAAAAGUGAAAAUUUUUUUAUUAGUAAUAUAUGUGUAUUGGAGUCAUAUAAAUAUUGCUUAGCCCAGUUCAGUAUGAAUAGGAAAAAAUAACUAUUGACUAACUAUUGUAAGAAACAAUAAUAAAAGCAUAUUAAUUGGUGAAAAGUCCAAAAUAGUCUUCCACUGAGCUGUUAUUUUUAUAUUAAGAUGCUGUGACUUUAUCAGUAAACUCAUUAGGUAAUGAGGAAAAAUUUAGUGUUUUAUGUGGAAAUGUAUUAUAUGCUUUGCUGUGUUACAAAACAUUUUUAAAGAAUAACAUUAAAAAAAUUUUGUGGCUAAAAGCAAACUCUGAGAUAUAAAAAUUUAAAAAAUCUUUACCAUCCCUUCUGUCUCAGUAGGGAGCUCAUAAAAUCUGAUAUGUAAAAGGACUUAAAUAUGCAAGGUAUUUCAAAUGGGAGUAUGCAAUUUUGCAUGACAGUAAAAGGUAUAAAGCAGAUGAACAAUAAGAAUGCAAAUUAUAAAGUAACUGUUUAUGUUUUAACCCAGUUAAGUUUAGUAUGUGAGUGCCUCAUUUAAAUUUUGCUGACAUGCCAUUCCAGGCUUAUCUGAUAUAACUUCAGUAGUGGCAGCACUAACUUUGGAAUGCAGCUUGUCAGAAUCAGUUGAAAGUGAUGGUACAUAUUCUUGAUUUUUGCCAAAAAAGGCAAUAUUAAUAUGUAUCAUAUCAAAACACAAAAUAAGCUUACUGUAUAUCAUUGGAAGUUAAUGAUUUUCAAAAGAUGGUCUAAAUAACUAAAUUAUGACAUUCAUUCAACUUUAAUGUAUUUCAGAAUUUUCUGUCUUUCCCUGCAAAAUUGUGUGCUUCAUUUUCAAAUGUGGUGUGUAUUAGCAUUUGAAGUUUAAAAGUGUGGUAUAUUCUUUCCAUUUUAUAUUCAUUUUGAAAUUAUUACCAACUGGUAUAUGAAGUAAUGUGUGUUUAUUCAUCUUUUUUAAAAACUUCUGUCAGGUCUUCUCAUAGUAAUGCAAUUUUUUUAAGUAAGUUUUGAGAAAAUAAAGUAAGAUAGUAAUUUAACCAACUAUAUAUUUUCUAUCUGAAUCAGUAACAUUCUUCUAAUAUAGGAAUAGGCUUAAUUUAGAAGUCAAACAACAAAAAUCAGCAUUAUAUUUUCGUUGUUUAACUUCUAAAUUAAUACUUGUUCGGCGUGCUAUUGUAUCUUAAUUAUAGGAAUAGGCUUUUAAUGCCACUCGUAAAAAAAAAAAAAAAAAAAAAAAAAAAAAAA